AUGGAGCGGGGGGCUACCUGGCAUCCCUGCUUUCUUCUUGGUAUAAAAAGAGAUUCUAGGAAGGAAAGUGAUUUUUUCCCCAUGCAACCUCGGUGCUCACAGCAAAGAGAAUUUUAUAUGAAACUGGAUGACAGAAAGGGAAAUGAGGCAAGUUAUCCUUUGGAAAUGUGCUCACACUUUGAUGCUGAUGAAAUUAAAAGGCUAGGAAAGAGAUUUAAGAAGCUUGAUUUGGACAAUUCUGGUUCUUUGAGUGUGGAAGAGUUCAUGUCUCUACCUGAGUUACAACAGAAUCCCUUAGUACAGCGAGUAAUAGAUAUAUUCGACACAGAUGGGAAUGGAGAAGUAGACUUUAAAGAAUUCAUUGAGGGGGUCUCUCAGUUCAGCGUCAAAGGAGAUAAGGAACAGAAGUUGAGGUUUGCUUUCCGUAUCUAUGACAUGGAUAAAGAUGGCUAUAUUUCCAAUGGGGAACUCUUCCAGGUGCUAAAGAUGAUGGUGGGGAACAAUCUGAAAGAUACACAGUUACAGCAAAUCGUAGACAAAACCAUAAUAAAUGCAGAUAAGGAUGGGGAUGGAAGAAUAUCCUUUGAAGAAUUCUGUGCUGUUGUAGGCGGCCUAGAUAUCCACAAAAAGAUGGUGGUAGACGUGUGA